AUUUUUUGCCGCCAGAUGGAUACGUAUCGUUUACAAAUUAACAGAACUAAAAUUAUAGGACAUGUAACAAGGCUAGUUAUUGCUUAUCCAGAAUAUUUAUGACAAGUUCUUAUAUAUUUGGAUAUACUUUAUAACAGUAAAAAGUUAAAAAAUUAUCGUAAAUAUGGCUACCCUUGAUGACAAAUUACUUGGUGAGAAGUUACAUUAUUAUUGUAGUAGUGAUGAAGAAAUUGAUGACGAUGAAGAUAGCAACAAUGAUGAUGAUGAAACAACUUUAAUUAGAACAGCUAAAUUUAAUUCUUCAGAUUAUAAUGAGUGGGAAGGUUCUUCGACAAAUACAGGGCCUAAAGGUGUGAUUAAAGAUUGGCAGAGAUAUAAACAAUUAGAAAAUGAAAAAAGAGAUGAACAAGAAAGAGAGAAGUUAGAACUCUUUAAAAAGCUUUCAUUAACAUGCAGAUCAAACUUGGAUGAUGAACAAGCAAAACAGAAGGAAGAAGAAAUAGAAAAGGAUCUUCAAGAAUUAAUGAAUGAUGAAUUUUUAAAAGAAUAUAUGCAAAAAAGAAUGGAAGAAAUGAUGAAAUCUGUUCAAAAUAAAACAAAAUUUAAUGCAUUAUAUAAUCUAAAAAAUGGGCAAGAAUAUUUGGAAGCAAUUGAAAAAGAGAAACCCACUGUAACUAUAGUUAUUCAUAUUUACACUGCCGAUAUUCCAGGAUGUGAAGCUAUGAAUGGCUGUCUUCAGUGCCUAGCACAAGAAUAUCCAUCUGUAAAAUUUUGCAGGUUAGAAGCAUCGUCUGCAGGGAUGAGUAAACAUUUUGAAAAUUAUGGAGUUCCAGCACUUCUAGUAUACAAAGGUGGACAAUUAAUAGGAAAUUUUGUACGCCUUACAGAUGAAUUUGGAGACGACUUUUAUGCUGGUGAUGUUGAAAAUUUUCUUUUAGAGCAUGGUAUGCUACCCGAUCAGAGUUUGGUUCCUGUUAUUGUCAAAAGGGACAGUAAACAAAAUGAAAAAACUGAUAGUGAUUUUGAAUUAGAAUGAUAAUUUAUACUUUAUCUCAAAGUAUGAAUUCAAAUUUUCAUAUAUUUUUAGUCAUUGCAAAUCAUUAUUUUUAAAAUAUUAUUGAACAUAAAAGUUACAUUUCGUUAGGAGUAGUAAAAACGUAUUGAGGUUGGAUGUCACGCCAACUUUUAUUUUAAUUAAAGCUUCUUCAAAAACUUCAGACACUAAGGCGUUAAACACAAUUAAAAUAUUUUAUUCUUGCGAGCGCUUUCGACGUAAAUAUGCACGUCGU